UUGUGGGAGGUCCUUGAGGCCGCGGAGGUCGCGAGUGUCUGUUGAACGGGUUGUGGAAGUCGUGCUGCCUUGGGUAGGGCGUUAAAGUCGUUCUUGAGAGGAACGUCUCUGUCCGAAGAGAAAAUGAGUUUAGCUCUGAGAAAUGAGCUUGUAGUAGACAAAACAAAGAGGAAAAAAAGAAGAGAACUCUCUGAAGAACAGAAACAAGAAAUUAAAGAUGCUUUUGAACUAUUUGAUACAGACAAAGAUGAAGCAAUAGAUUAUCAUGAAUUAAAGGUGGCAAUGAGAGCUUUGGGGUUUGAUGUAAAAAAAGCUGAUGUACUGAAGAUUCUUAAAGAUUAUGACAGAGAAGCCACAGGGAAAAUCACCUUUGAAGAUUUUAAUGAAGUUGUGACAGACUGGAUAUUGGAAAGAGAUCCACAUGAAGAAAUAUUAAAGGCAUUUAAAUUAUUUGAUGAUGAUGAUUCAGGUAAAAUAAGCUUGAGGAAUUUGCGACGUGUUGCCAGAGAAUUGGGUGAAAACAUGAGUGAUGAAGAACUUCGGGCUAUGAUAGAAGAAUUUGAUAAAGAUGGUGAUGGAGAAAUAAAUCAAGAGGAGUUCAUUGCUAUUAUGACUGGUGACAUUUAAAGAAUUACAAGGAUAAACACUAAGAAUGUUGCAGUUAUCAUCGUAUAUUCUAUUUUUGUGCCUGGAGCCAUGUUAAAAAAAAACAAAACUUAGUUCUUUUUUUCCAAAAGGACCAAAAAUAAGUGUCUUAUGUAUUCAUAUUUUACUACUGUCAAGUUUCUUUGUAUAAACAGUAUUGUUAGCACUCUAAUAGUUUAGCUUUGUAUUUAUAAUAUAGCUUUUAUAUAUAUAUAUAUAAAGUUUAAAAAAUUAAAUCAUGUGGUACACAUUCUCUGAAAGUUUUUUAUUUGGCAUCAGUAGUCACUUUUGUUUUGAUGCACAUGUUAUAGAUAUGCACAUGUCAUUAAUAAAAUGUUUAUUUUAGUAGUAUUUUAAAGUAUGGUAAAUUUUCUGUUUUAUAAUUCCAAAUAUCUGUAAACACUCAAUGGUAUUUUUCUUAAAUCUUUUCUUUUUAUACUACUAGUUUCAGAAACAAAAAUUGAAAUACAAAUAGCAAUAGAAUAGCACAUUUUUCCCUUACAAGUUUGACAUUUUAUGUUUCAGUACAAGUUGAUGACUCAAUACAGGCAUAAUUCCUUUUUUAGGAGUCAUGUCUUUCAGUUUGGAAGGAAAAAGUGUUGUGCAUAUAGACCCAUUUAUCCUCAUGUAUUAUGUUCUAUAGCGUUUUUGGUGUCUUAACGUAAGUUAUGACAGUUAAAUUUGGAUAUUUCCCUCUUAAACUAAUUGAGUACAGUUUGAAUCAUCUGAUUUCUUGACAAAGUUAAAGAUUGAAAUUUUGGAAUUUUGAUCUG